AUGUCUCUGUCAAAGCUUCCGAACCUGACCGAUUCGGUCCGCGUCCCUUACGAAAUUUUCCUCAAUUUCAUCGAGGUUCUCGUCCGGCGAGAAGUGAAAAACACCCAUCCGCUGGAACACAUCCUCGAGUACGACGGACGGAGUGAGGCCAGGAUUGUCGUCAGCACGAUCGGCUAUGACGAUGAUCACUAUGUACGAAUCAACCGAAUUCGUGACCUCCUGCAUAUCGACUCCAGAAGCCGCAAUAUGGUUAGCAAAUACUUCCCUCGAAUGGCCAUGAUCACACGCAGGCAUCGGCGUCCCCGGGUCCCGUUCAUGGGACGGGUGUGCCUUGCUACCGACAUAUUCACUCUCAAGGAAAAUCACGAGAUCGAUUUUCUCAAGGCCUCGAUCAUUCUGCCCACCGUCAAUGGCAAUAAGAUCGUCCGGAACAUCACGGCCAUCAACGGAAGCGACACUAAGUUCUUCCGAGAGAACUUCGAAAAGUUUGUCGACGUGCUCGCUUCCCUUCCCAACCUCCGCAAGAUCGUCAUCGAUGGUGGAAACUAUCAACCGAAGGAGAAUGACGACAGGUGCGCAUGCUCUCUCUCGGAAUCCCACCCAGAGUUUACGACCGUUGACGCGUUCCACUUUCCAUCGUUGGCCAAGUGGGCGGAAGACUACGGCGACGUUGCUCGAAAGUUUGGUCCUCAGUUCAGAAAGAGAAACACUUCAAUCAUCGCCCGUGUCUCCAUGAACACAUUCAAGUCUAAUCUGGAGCUGGAUAUCACCGAGGAUGCCAUUCGCGUCAAGUCCAACUGCCGGAACUGCGACUGCUGCGAGUGCUGGGUGGAUGAGGUUUGUCUAGAUAUGGCUUGGCUCCUUCGGCAAUGUCGUCUCGCCGAUCUCAGGGAGAAUUCCGAAAGUCCCCCCUAG